GUGUUGAAUUUUUUAAAAAUAGUGUAUUUUUGAAGAAUUUGACACGAGUGCGGCAUCGAAAGUGAAGAGUCUGUAAUUUAGAUUGGAAGCUGUUGGCAAUGCCUUCUUGCCUGUGUAAUUGGCCUUGCCUGUUAGGUGCGAAAUUGCGUAAAGUAGGCUCAUUCUUUGGUUUAUAGAAUGACCUCAACAUGGUAAACUCACAGGUGCUUCUUCAAAUUGUUAAAACUUUCAUUGUGCAUUGCCUAAAGGAUAUUUAUCAUCAGGUCUCUUAAAAUCAAUCUAUCGUCCUUUUUCGAAAGUAUCUUUUUUUAUGAGAAUACGGUCAAUCAAAAAUUAUUAUGCUUGCGAUUAUUCAUCCACCGAUAGGAUAAAAUGCUCCAGUUUUUGUCACUUGUUUGUUUGUGAAAUAUCUAGAGGGACAGAUAUGAAAUUAGUCUUUCGAAAACAAGUUCUUUAUUUUCAUAAGACAGUGAUAAGUUCGGAAUAUAGCGUCCAAACUUCACUUGUAGAAUUUUUAUAAGUAUAUCAUUAUCGUAGAUUUCACACGUUUUUUUAAAUAUAUAAAAAAAUUAUUGUCUUUAAGAAAUAAUUUGAGGAACGAGGGUAUAAUAGGAAAAGUAAAUGUAAUCUCUAACUAACUAACUGGAGAAUGAAAAAGAAAACAAAAAGCAAAAUAACUAACUUCAUUUUUUUUUGGUUCCUUAUAAACUUUCGAAAAUUUGAGUUUGCCGGAGAUGGAUUCAAUGGCGUCGGCGAUCGGAGUAUCGAUUCCGGUGUUCCGUUUCUUACUCUGUUUCGUCGGUACUAUUCCUGUGAGUUUUCUUCAUCGAUUUGUUCCUUGUGUCAGUGGUAGGCAUUUCUACGCUGCCCUAUCUGGUGCUGUUUUAUCCUAUUUGUCGUUUGGGUUCUCUUCGAAUUUGCAUUUUUUGGUGCCGAUGCUUUUGGGUUAUGCUUCAAUGGUUUUAUGUCGACAUUAUUGCGGGAUCAUCACUUUCUUCCUCGCAUUCGGAUAUCUUAUUGGAUGCCAUGUAUACUACAUGAGCGGGGAUGCAUGGAAAAAGGGAGGAAUGGAUGCUACAGGAGCUUUAAUGGUUAUUUCGCUGAAAAUAAUUUCAAGUGUGAUCAAUUACCAAGAUGGAUUAUUGAAGGUGGAAGAUUUAAGUGAGGCGCAAAAGAAAAAUCGUUUGCUAAAGUUGCCAUCAUUACUUGAGUACUUUGGUUAUUGUCUCUGUUGUGGAAGUCAUUUUGCUGGUCCAGUUUAUGAAAUGAAGGAUUAUCUUGAAUGGACAGAGAGAAAUGGUAUUUGGAAACCUUCAGACAAAGGACAGCCAUCGCCUUUUGGGGCAGCGUUAAGAGCUUUUCUUCAAGCAGCUCUCUGUAUGGGAUUGUACAUGUUUUUGGUGCCUCUUUUCCCAAUUUCCAUGUUCUUGGACCCAAUGUACCAAGAAUGGGGUUUCUGGACGCGGUUGGGUUACCAAUAUAUGGCUAGCUUUACUGCACGGUGUAAAUAUUAUUUCAUAUGGUCAAUCUCGGAAGUUGCUAUCAUCAUAUCUGGCUUCGGUUUCAGUGGUUGGGCAGACAUGACUUAUCCACCAAAAGCACAAUGGGACCGUGCUAUAAAUGUAGACAUAUUGGGUGUUGAGCUGGCAAAGAGCUCUGUUCAAAUACCUCUUGCAUGGAAUAUUCAAGUUAGCACAUGGCUGAGGCACUAUGUAUAUGAGAGACUUAUACGGAAGGGAAAGAAGCCUAGUUUCAUCCAGUUGCUAGUCACACAGACUGUUAGUGCUGUAUGGCAUGGGUUAUAUCCCGGGUACAUCAUAUUCUUUGUUCAGUCUGCUUUGAUGAUUGCUGGAUCAAGAGUCAUUUAUAGAUGGCAGCAAGCUACAAGCAAUAUUCAGUUUCAGAAGACGCUGGUAUUCAUGAACUUUGUAUAUACACUGCUAGUUCUCAACUACUCUGCUGUUGGAUUCAUGGUACUAAGUCUGCAUGAAACAGUUACAGCUUAUGGAAGUGUAUACUAUAUUGGAACUAUUAUACCAAUUCUAGUGAUCCUGCUUGGUAAAAUGAUUCAGCCAGCAAAACCAGUAAGAUCUAAGGCAAAAAAGGAUGAAUGAGUCAGAAUCUGAUUUUGGUGGAAGAGUUAGAGGUGUUUUCCCUAUUACUCUAUUUAUUAUUAUUUGGAUAUGUAGAAAUCAUCAAUUUUGAUAGAUGUAGAGUAGUUAGUGUAGCUGUUGGAGUUCAUUUGGUCCAUUCAUAUGAACAAGCCUGUUACUUAGAGAGGCACAAUUAUGUUUUAUGUCUCUAGGCAACAGUUGAAAUUACGCCUUAUGUUUGAUCUUUAAUUUUUGUCCGUUAACAAUUGAACGUAUGUUUAGUGAGGCAUAAGUUAUUUAGAAAAGUAGAAAAUUCACGGGGUGGCCUAUUUUGGUUGGUCUAAUAUAACUAAUAUAUGUUGUAUGUUG